AUGUCUGGUGUGAAGAAUCAGAAACCAAGAUUGUACGUGAAGUUCUCAGCUCCGGUGGUUAAAGAAGACUGCAAGAAGAAAAAGCUAGGACCUCAGUGGACGAAAGAUGAGCUUGAGCGUUUCUAUGAAGCCUAUCAGAAGCAUGGCAGAGACUGGAAGAAGGUAGCUGCUUCGGUGGAGAACAACCGGUCUGUUGACAUGGUGGAAGCCCUUUUCAGUAUGAAUCAGCCGUAUUUGUCCCUGCCCGAGGCGUCUGUAGAUGGACUCGCUGCAAUAAUGACUGCUCAUUACAGCCUCUUCGAGGAGACCGAAAGUAAAGGAGAAGGCCAUGAUGCUUCUGGAGUAACUCGAGGGUUUCCAAUUAAGAAGCUGCAUGAUGCUGAGGAUCUAGAUAAACAGUGUACAUUGAUAUUGACUGAAGGAGACUCUGCAAAACACCUUGUUAUGGCUGGACUCUCUUCUUUGCAAAGAAAAACUUACGGGGUUUAUCCUCUGCAAGGACGAGACGAGCUACACUACAACCGAUUCGCUGAGAUAUAA